AUGCCUGCAGAGGGUCACGCCGUCCUACAAACCCUCUACCCUAUACCGGAGAGAUCCAGCAUCGACUACUUCAAGGUGGACCAAAUCGAAGUCCAUGAGGAGCUCUACCAGACAGCCCGAGACUUCAUGGCUGAGUGGUUGGAGGAGUUGGAGCCCCCUGUGAGUCCGAACCGAUCUGCUCUGACCGACCAAUCAUUCGUGCGACUCGAUUCAUCCGCCUUGUCAUUGCGGCACCUCCCACCAAUUAAGUUACCGCCAUUCCGCGGAGCUUUCGCUGAUUGGGAGAGCUUUCGCGAUAGAUUCACCGCUCUGAUAAUGGAAAAUAAAGAGCUCUCAGAUUUUGCUCGAAUGCAUUUCCUCGCGUCGAGCUUGACCGGGCCGGCGCUCGAAGUUAUUUUCGGUAUUUCAAUUACUGCGAAGAAUUUUCCCGUCGCGUGGAAGGCGCUCAAAACGCGGUUCGAAAACAAGAAACAACUGAGUGAUAUUCAUAUCGCGGCUUUAUACAAUUUGCCUCCCAUGUCGCGAGAAUCUGCCGCCGACUUACAGGGUUUGUCCGUAAAGUAA